AAGCCCUGGCCUCGCCGGGAAACCGUCCAAUGAACGUCAGCACGGAACGCGGCCCCUUGUCGGGGCGAGGUCGCCAGAGAACUACUUCCGGAGCCUGGAGAACGUUUAUUCCGUGACCAGGGGAAACGGUAGCCAUGGCAACGCGUUUCCCCACUUUCCCGGGUGGUCCGCGCGGGAUCCCGUUGAGAAUGAGUCUAGCGCGAUGCUGUUCGCCAUCAGCUUUCUACGUGGUCGUGCUGCUCGGAGGAGGGAAGCACGCGAGAGGCGGAGAAUCCUCCCGGGGAGCUUCCGUCGGGGUGGUGAGGAACUGCAGUUCCCGACAUGCAACGUGCCAGCGGUGACACACUAGGGAAUGCUGGGAAUUGUAGUCUUUGGCCUCUGGAGCCGCUCGGUCGCUUGACCCUGGCUUCCGCCUUUUCCUGGCGGGUCCCAGUGGGAACUCAGCGAAACUUGAACUUCGAAUUUGUUUUCAGAUGGUCAUAUGAAUUCCUGAAGACAAGCUUUUCAGUGACAGUCGAUCAUAAUUUUUUACAACUUCCCCAAAUGAGUCCUAACUUAAACUGCAUUGUUUUCAACUCUGAUCUCUUGGUUGGCAUCUCUUAACGUCAAAAACAUCGAUAAGAAAGAAGCCAUUUUGGAUUCCAAUCUGUUUGUAACAAACAUUUUUAGGAGGAAGUCUCAGAAGCAGUGGAGGUGGGGGGCUGCACCAGGAAAAAAAUUGUGAUAGUCUAACCAGGAAGCCAAGGCUGAGCAAAGUGAAAUGAGCCGGGAGGCCAAUGUGAAUGUAAAGUGUGCCCGAUUUGUUCUAAAGCCCCAGAAACCCAUUCAGCCUUAUAUCUGCUGGACUCUGAAUGAUUGUCAAAAAGAGAGAGACUUUUUGGACAGCAACAUCUUCCCUCAGCUGAACAAACUCUGCAAUUCCCGGGGCACCUACUUCAAAGCUGUGGACCUGAGGUGGUCAGGGUUGAAGACCCAGGCACCUUUCCUUUCUAGCCGCUUUCGACAGCAUUCUUGUCUCCACUCCCAGCACCUGAAACUCUGUCUGGAUUAUGUGAACAGCUGCUUUCCCUUUUUCAUUUGUGUACUGGGUCACACAUACGGGGACUUUUGUGCCGACUACUCGCCUGUCACCUUCUCCAAAGCAACUGACUUGUCAAAUUUAUCCAUUGUAGAACAGAAUCUCUACGUGGCUGCUAAAAAUGGCUAUCCUUGGGUCCUGGAGAAUCCCAACUGCAGCCUGGUGGAGUACGAGAUUAUCCAGGCAGCCUUUCUGAACGAGUCUCAGUUCCAGUACUUUUACUUUAGGGUGGAAGCCACACUGCUGAAGACUUUGGACAAUGACAAGGAGGAGACUCUUCCCUCCAGCUCCCUGACAAGUGAUGAGGAGAAAGUAAAGAUUGAAAAGUUGAAGGCCAAGAUUACUAGCAGAGGGCUCCCGGUCAGGUUUUAUAAAGAUCUCAGUGAGUUGGGUGAGCUGGUUUUCAAGGACUGGUUGGGUGUGAUAGAAAAACUUCACCCAACCUCUCUGAUGACUGAACAUACAGACUACAAGCACAACUUUGAUCGUUUCUACCAUGAAGAGUUUAUUGAGAAAUGCAAGCGAGUAUUUGUUGUUUCCAAGGAGUCGAACAGGAUCUUUGACAUCUUGGAAAGAUUUGCCUUAAAGGAUAUGGAAUUCGAUUUUAACAGGGCGGCUUCAGGUUCCAGUUUAGAGUCUAUUCUCAGAAUAAAUUCCCUUCCGACUUACAAGUCCAUUUUGCUCUUGACCGGAGACCGCGGUUGUGGGAAGUCCACUCUGAUUGCCAGCUGGGUGAAUGAUUUCAAGAAGAAAUACCCGGACGUGCUGCUGAUCUCUCACUUUGUGGGCAGCACCUGCGAAAGCUGUGACAUCAUGUCUGUGAUAUAUUACUUCGUCACAGAAUUGCAGCAUGCACACUAUGGUACCCAGCUCGAAACGGAUAUUCUUAAUGAAGACUCAAACAUCUUGGUCUUUUCACUACUUGUAGAUGUGUUCAUUGCUUCCAUCAGUUUAAAGCCAUGUGUACUCGUACUAGAUGGAAUUGAAGAGUUGGUUGGCAUUUAUGGGAUUUCAGGACAGAAGGCAAAAGACUUUUCUUGGCUGCCCCCCUCAAUCGCACCUCAUUGCAAAUUUAUCAUGAGCACCGUCUCCUGCAGCCUGUCCUACAAGGCGCUGUGUGCCCGAUCAGAUGUAAAGAUGGUGGAGCUCAGUAACACAGGAGACAGCGAAGCAAAACUCAACAUCUUUUGCCAGCACUUCUCCAUUCCCCACAACAAAAACCUCUUUGAGCGGACCAGACAAAUUCUGAAGAAGAAACCCAACAUGAGUCCUUUAAAACUCACAAUCCUAGCAAAUGAAUUGAAAGAAUGUAGAAUCUACCGAGAUGAGUUUCAAUGUCUGAAUGAGUACCUGGAGGUGAUCUCACUUCAGGAGCUGUGGGAAUUGAUUCUGAAACGCUGGACUGAAGAUUAUAGUUGGACUUUUAAACAAACAAGGGCAAAUUCAGACACUGUGGCUUCAGGAGAAGGGCUGAACGGCUGGGUGGCCGACGCUCUGUGCUUAUUGAGCAUCUCGCAUGGCGGGUUGACCGACGGUGAGUUACUCCAGCUUCUGGCCAUGCUGGGCUAUAGGAAUCGGCACAAGGUGACGAUGUUGCACUGGGCUGCCUUCCGCAACGCUGCCAGGCAGUGGGUCCAGGAGAAGCCCAAUGGCCUCCUGUACUUCCGGCACCAGUCCCUGAGAAACGCCGUGGAGCACAUGCUGCUGGGUGUGAUCAUGCCUGUCAGAGAAAGCAGCCCCUACUCCUUUCAGAACCCCACAAAUCACAAGAAAAUACAAUUUCAUGGAGCCUUGGUCAGAUACUUCGGGCAGCAAACUGCAUUCUGGAGGGUGUAUCAAGAGCUGCCAUGGCAUCUGAAGAUGAGCAGCUGCUGGGAGGAGCUGAGCAGCUUCCUCUCAAGUCCGAGCAUCACAGACCUUCUGUCAAAGAUCCAAAGCCCGAGCUUCUGGACAAGGCUGCACCUUGUCCACUACUGGAACGUGUUAUUUGAAGCUGGAUAUGAUGCCACCAGGGCCUAUUUAUCCACCGUGGCCAAGGUCAAGGCAGACGGAUGCCACAAGAUGAAGAAGAAAGGCACGCUGUCAGUGCUGGAAUGCAGGCUCUUUGAGGUUACUCCCACUGAUAAAUGCCGAUUAUUGUUCUUUAUUGGGAGAUUUUUGAAGUUCAUGGGCAAGAUCAAAGAAGCAAGAGAAUUAUUCUUGGAUGUCGAGGACAUGUUAGUGAAGAUUCAAUCCAUGAGGGAAAUGCUCGUCAAGGUGCAGAACACUAUUGGAGAACUCUACCUGGAGUUAGGGUUGACCCAGGAAGGGUUCCAGUAUUUCCAGAAAGCAUGGUUGAAAAUGAUGGAAUUUUCGUCAAGCAACUUAACAGACAACCAGGACUUAGUGAAGCAAAAAGGCAAAGUGCUGAACAACUUGGCAAAGUCAGCAUCUGAGGAGUACUUGAAAGAAAACAACAUUCUGGAUUAUGUUACUGAUAUUUCCAGCUUGUUGGACAACAACCCCCGCGACCAAGCUGACAUGAAAUACACCGAAGGUGUCCUGAUAUUAGCAACUGGAAACACUUGUCUUGCAAUGACAAAAUUUCACGAGUGCUUAAAUAUAAGAAAAAGUUUGUUUGGCGAGAAGAACAUGCUAGUUGGAGAAGUUCUGGAAAUUUUAGCUGAUUUGCUGUUUUUUCCACUAAGAGAUUAUCAAAAAUUCAUAAGGAAGAAAGCGAUUGAAUAUUAUAAACAAGUGAUAGAUAUAAAGGAAAUCGCAUGCACUCUCACCAACUCUUUGCUCAUCAAGAAGCAGCUGGGCAUCAGCCUAAGCGAUACCUUGUGUAAAUUAGCAGGUCAAUUAUUGAUCAUUGACACAGGCCAUCCUGCCAUGAUGGAGGCAGUGGGCUAUUUGUACAGAUCACUCGAUCUAAGGGCGACCCAUCUGGGACCUGCUCAUUCAUCCAUCCACGGAAUCCUGCAUCUUCUGAGGGAAAUCGAGCACAUCCGAGACAGGAGAUGUUGGCCUCAAGGCCUGAGCCAGCACUGCUCCGCGGGACCUGGGGGCAGCGCCGCUCUGUGGGAGUACUUGCUGAAGCUGAGCUAUCACAGCACCCAGGGUUCCCCUCUAAUCUGCUCCAUCCGGGGCAUGAAUGUGGACAUGCUGCACAGGGAUAAAAGCACAUCCGUGACACCUCCUGCAGUUCCAGAUAAAUCACCCCACAUGGUUUCAGAUAAAUCAAAAUGCACUUCUGGAAAAGGCAAAAAAGUCUUGAGACCCAUGAUUUCCAUUUCUGAUGAGGAAAAGACCCAACGGAAGAUGCAAAAUAAUGUUGAAAUAUGGAAAGGCUCAGAAAAGGAAGCAUCAAAGAAAAAGAAAAAUUAUUCCUCUAAGAUGUUAUCUUUGGGUAAAAUGGAUGAUGGUAUAAAGCUUUUACCACAAAAGAUUUUGUUAGGUAAUAGUGAAAGUGGAAAAGGCCAAAUUUCCACAAUUUACCAGCAACCCUUGCUGGGUGCUGUUAGCGUAGAUAAUCCCUGGGAAUCCCUAUCUGACCUCAUCUCAGAAAAGUGGCUUUUUCAUACCCCAGACUACAGUUCGGCUUUACAGAAGUGUUUUUUGCCAAGAAGAUCUCAGCUGGAAACAAAAUUGUUGAAGAUAGCAAAUGAUUUUAAUAAAGAAUAAAAAUGAU